UGCCGAGCCUGCACAGCUCUGGCAAACACUCUGUGUGGCUCCUCGGCUUUGACAGAGUGCAAGAAGAUGACUUGCAAAAUGUCGCAGCUGGAACGCAACAUAGAGACCAUCAUCAACACCUUCCACCAAUACUCUGUGAAGCUGGGGCACCCAGACACCCUGAACCAGGGGGAGUUCAAAGAGCUGGUGCAAAAAGACCUGCAAAACUUUCUCAAGAAGGAGAAUAAGAAAGAAAAGGUCAUAGAGCACAUCAUGGAGGACCUGGACACAAACGCAGACAAGCAGCUGAGCUUCGAGGAGUUCAUCAUGCUGAUGGCGAGGUUAACCUGGGCCUCCCACGAGAAGAUGCACGAGGGUGACGAGGGCCCCGGCCACCACCAUAAGCCAGGCCUCGGGGAGGCCUAAGACCACAGUGGCCAAGAUCACGGUGGCCACGGCCACGGCCACAGCCAUGGUGGCCACGGCCACAGCCACUAAUCAGGAGGCCAGGCCACCCUGCCUCUACCCAACCAGAGCCCGGGGCCUGUUAUGCCAAACUGUCUUGGCUAUGGGCUUAGGGGCUGGGGCCAAAUAAAGUCGCUUCCUCCAA